GAGCGCUUCCCACUCACAGUGACCGUGAAGAGAAGCUGUGGUCUGAGUAGCUGAGUGUGAAGUGAGGAUAGGGGCGGGGGAAGAUCGAGCUAGCGACGGAGAGACGACAAGGGAGCGCGCGCGAGAUGGCCGCGGCGAGAGGCAUUGCCGCCGUGACGACGGCGCUGGCCGUGGCCGUGGCGGCGGCGCUCGCGCCGGCCGCGCGCGGGGUCGACCGGAGCGAGUUCCCGCCGGGAUUCCUCUUCGGCGCCGCGACGUCCGCUUACCAGGUUGAGGGCGCGUACCUCGAGGACGGCAAGGGCCUUUGCAAUUGGGAUGUCUUCACCCACACGCACUCAAGAGGAAUAAGGGACGGAAGAAAUGGGGACGUAGCAGAUGACCACUACCAUCGAUAUAUGGGAGAUGUGGAGAUCCUGCAUUCCCUGGGCGUCAACUCCUACAGAUUCUCGAUUUCAUGGGCAAGGGUUCUACGAAGAGGUCGGCUUGGUGGUGUUAAUUCAGAUGGGAUAGCAUUCUACAACCGCCUGAUCGAUGCGCUCUUGCAGAAAGGAAUACAGCCAUUCGUCACACUGAAUCAUUUCGACAUGCCGCACGAACUGGAAAUCCGAUGCGGUGGCUGGUUGGGCGCUGGGAUCCGGGAGGAGUACGAGCACUACGCGGACGUCUGCUUCAGGGCGUUCGGCGACCGGGUCAAGUUCUGGACGACGUUCAACGAGCCCAACCUGUUCACCAAGUUCCAGUACAUGCUGGGCGCGUACCCGCCGAACCACUGCUCGGCGCCGUUCGGAAGCUGCAACAGCGGCGACUCUCACAGGGAGCCGUACGUCGCCGCGCACAACAUCAUACUGUCCCACGCCGUCGCCGUCCGCAACUACAAGGAGAAUUAUCAGGCAAAGCAAGGCGGCUCGAUCGGGAUUGUGAUCGCGAUGAAAUGGUAUGAGCCGCUGACGAAUACCACGGAGGAUAUUCUGGCCGCACGACGUGCACUGUCUUUCGAGUUAGAGUGGUUUCUGGAUCCGAUAUUCUUUGGUGAUUAUCCUAGAGAAAUGCGAGAGAUCUUACAAUCAAACUUACCGACGUUCACCUCGGAAGAGAAGAAGUUACUGCAAUACAAGGCAGAUUUUAUUGGGCUAAAUCAUUAUACAGCAAUUUACGCCAAGGAUUGCAUUUAUUCCCCGUGCAACCUUCAAACUUAUGAAGGGAAUGCAUUUGUCUUGGCUAUCGGCGAAAGAGAUGGAGUGAAAAUUGGAAGAGAUACCGCAUUCGCCGGAUACUAUGUUGUUCCAGAAGCCAUGGAGCCGGCUAUCAUGUAUGUCAGUCAGAGAUACAAGGACACGCCGGUUUAUAUUACCGAGAACGGUUACUCGCAAUCGAGUGAUGCCAGCAGGGAGGAGUUGAUGAAUGACGUCGAAAGAGUCAACUACCUGAAGGGCUAUGUCGCAUAUCUAUCUGCAGCAAUCAGGAACGGAGCAAACGUACGGGGCUACUUCGUGUGGACUCUCAUGGACAAUUUCGAGUGGACGUUUGGUUUCAGCGUAAGAUACGGACUGUACCAUGUCGAUUUCGACACACAAGAGAGGACCCCUCGGAUGUCUGCAAGGUGGUAUCAAGACUUCCUCACCGGGUCCAGCCUCACGCUCGAAGCGCAGGCACAGAGAGCAGAUUCCUGAUGCUUCCGGUGGUCGAAUGUAUAGUUAGACACAGCAGCUGUUCUCUGAACUUGUUCAGCGUGGUUGCGAUAUUAGAAUGCGUGUGGUGGCAGACAGGCAGGGAGCCCGGUGGCAAAGCACCGAGUGGAUGCCGAGCCAGUAUGGGAUCGAAUCCCACGUCCUGCACAAAUGAUUCCUCGAUAAGGUCUCUAAAGAUGACCGAGUAAAGAGGAUCUAAAUCUAAAUAAUAAUAAAAAAAGAAUACGUGUGAUGAACUGAUAA